CUGUGACUCGAGUUACCGGUGAACGAAGGCGACAAGCAGCGAUCCGAAAGCGAGAGUUGAAGUUACGCCGACCAGCAUGCGUUCCUUGGUUGUGGUAGCCACCCUGGUUGGGAUGGCAUUAGCCGGAAACCUUGGUGGCGGCGGUGGCGGCGGUUGGCAAGGUGGUGGUGGCGGAGGCGGCUGGCAAGUCGGAGGUGGCGGCGGGGGUGGCUGGCAAGGCGGCGGUGGUGGUGGCUGGCAAGGUGGCGGCGGUGGAGGUGGUGGAGGCGGAGGGAAGCACGUCUACAUCAUCCGCAAAGUCAGUGGAGGUGGCGGCGGAGGCGGC